UGCGAUGAGCCAUUUCAUAUAUUUCGCUUGAUUUCGAAGGUCUGAUUCGUAAAUUGUCAAAUAAAACAUUCAAAAGUUUCAAAAAUGAAGAUUCAAAUUGCAUUGUUGCUUCUUUUUGUAAGCUUAAUAUCAGCAAAUCCACUCGUUAAUCUACGAGACAAUGUAAAAGCUAAUGCAAGACUUCCAGCAAUGCACGACCCAUAUUGGCCAACUUAUUGUCCAGUUCCAGAUUGUGAAAAGGCACAGAGAGCUAUAAACUAUCCAGCUCCUUAUGCAAGGUGGAACUACUAUCAAUGCACAUUCGAUGGAGCCCGUUGGAUUCCUCAGAUCAUUCCGUGUCCUUGUGAUUUAGUUUUUUCAUACAAAGAUCAGCAGUGUGUCUAUCCAUGGAGCAUACAAUUAUGGUGCGAUUAUGAAGAAGUUGCUGACAUUUUGCCAGUGAAUUGUGAUUGAAUAUUUUUAACAAUUUGAAAUUUAAUUUCGUCAAAAUAAAAAUAAACGACCAAAAAUUGGUCUGGAAUGUUUAAAGAA